AUGAAGCUGGCCACGCUGCUGGCACUGCCCGCAUCGCUCGCGGCGACGGUGCUCGCGACGACGUCGGACACGUACUCGGAGCACCUCCAUCUCAAGCCCCUCCCCAGCGGCGCCCUCUACGCCGGCUUCAACUUCACCGCGUCGACCCCUUUGACCGCCUACGAGUCACAGCACUUCCGCUUCUUCCCUCGAUCGCUCGGUCAGAUCCUGCAGUUUACACACACAUCCGAACUACACUUGCGCUUCGCAUUGGGACGAUGGAAUGAAGAGAGUUGGGGCAACCGACCGCGCAAUGGCAGCAGAGAGGGCGGCACAGGGGUCGAGCUGUGGGCAUGGCUGGAGGCGCAAGAUCAGAAGGAGGCCGAAGAACGGUGGAGCGGACUGGUGAACAGUCUGAGUGGCCUCUUCUGCGCCAGUUUAAACUUCAUCGACCAGACCAAGACGAUCAGUCCGAUACUGAGCUUUGCCCCGGAAGGUACGCUGGACCCCGAGCACGCGAAUCUGCAUCUCAUGCACGGUAUGCUGCCUCAUGAGGUCGUCUGCACCGAGAACCUCACGCCCUUCCUGAAGCUGCUGCCAUGCAAAGGCAAGGCGGGCGUCUCCAGCCUACUAGACGGCCACAAAGUCUUUGAUGCGAGCUGGCAGACCAUGGCCAUCGAUGUACGGCCAGUGUGCAAGGGGGAUGAAUGUGAGCUGGAGAUUGACCAGACAGUGGACAUGGUCUUGGAUAUUGAGAGGAGCAUGAGGCCCAGAGACAACCCCAUUCCACGGCCACCACCGGUUGAGGAUGUGACGUGUGAUGAGAACAAGGGCUACAACGCUCACGACACGUGCUAUCCCAAGAAGAGAGAGGGCGAAAUGGAAUGGGGCUUGAGUAGGAUCUUUGGGCGGCCUGUCCAAGGGAGCUGUCCAGCCGGUGACCGUGAGAAUUCAGUUGAUAUUGUGGUCGAAAUUCCAAAGGAACGGAUCCUGCAUGCUAUGCCUGAGGGCGCGUUGGAUCUGGUGUUGGCCACUGACGUACAACGAUCAUACCGGUUGAAAGAAGGCCAAGAGCUCGAUCUUCGAUUGCCUCAUCAGGUUCUGGACCAUGCACUGGAGCAUCGUCAAACGCUUCUUCACGCCCAGAGACAGAUGACAGGGUAUGGACAGGAACGCGGGGGUAUGCACAUUGUCAUAACCAACCCUCAUCCACACGCUCAACGUGUGGUUUACCUCGAGAGCCUGCCAUGGUUCUUGCGACCGUACAUGCAUACGCUUGCCAUCUCCGGCGCCAUAACCGAGAACAUGUACUACACCCCUGCCAUUGAUCGACGAAAGGGUACCCAGCUUGAGAUUCUGCUCGAAGUGCCGCCUCUAGCGACGGUAGAGAUGAGUUAUGAGUUUGAGAAGGCCAUUCUACGGUAUACCGAGUACCCUCCGGAUGCCAAUCGUGGCUUCGACAUUCCGCCAGCGAUUGUCAGGAUCUUGCCAUCAAAUGCGUUCAACGAUGACCAGGGCAGCUAUUUGAGGACGACUAGUCUGCUGCUGCCACUUCCAACUCCUGAUUUCAGCAUGCCGUACAACGUCAUCAUCUUGACGAGUACUGUCAUUGCCCUUGGAUUCGGAAGCAUCUUCAACUUGCUGAUCAGGCGCUUUGUCUUGGUGGAGGAAGCUCCCAAGAGCCCUCUCGCAGUGUUGGUGCAGAAUUUGGUUAAGAAAGUGAAGGGCGCGAAUGGUGAAAAGAAGGCGAAGGAUGCCGUAGAGCCGGGUUCAGCGGGUGGUGUGAAGGCCAAAUCCAACGAUGGACUGAGGCAGAGAUAG